GUGAGGCAACGGUGUGUGAUUGAGGGAGGGGGGAGUUGAGAGAGAGAGAGAGAGAGAGAGAGAGAGAGAGAGCGAGAGAGAGAGCAUUUACUCUCCCUCCCGUCAGCUUAAGUAAAGCACCAGUGUGGAGAAGUUGCAUGAACGAGUGGUCUCGACUGAGGACUUUCUUGUCGGACCAUGGAAACCAAGAAGUGGAGGUAGAAGAAGAAGAAGAAGAAGAAGAAGAAGAAGAGAGGAAGAAACUCCCUGCUGACUGAACAGGAGACCAGAGUUUCAUCUGCGGGUUUUAUUGGACUCUUCAUGUAUGACUUCUUGUCAUGGUGGCAUCCUACAUGGUCAUCUCUUGUUGACAGGAGCCUCUCUCUGUUUUGGAUUUUCCACGGAUCAAAGUUUGUCUUCUGAACAGAGUUUGUGAAUGAAGUUUGCUGAAGCAGGAAACAUGUCAAACAGACAUUUCAGUCACCUGUUAAGGGGAGUCUGGCUGCUGUGGCUCUGGCAAGCUGUGUCUGUGGUUGGAACGGGGAGCAAAUUAUGGGAGGUGCCCACAGGUCCCUUCACCUCCAACCUCAGCGAGAGCCUGCAGUGGGAGCCACGCUGCCAGCAUCAACACCUGCAGGACAGUGUGAGAGUCACAGCAGACAUCCCACCAAGACUAGAUGGCACUUGGGUGUCAACAAGAUGUGAAGUCCGACCCGGUCCCGAGUUCCUCACCCGCUUCUAUACCUUCCAUCCCAGCCGUCACUUCCAGGCGCUGCAGCACUACUAUACUGACAGCAGCUGUGAGGACCCAGCCUACUCCCUGAUCAUCAGGGGGAAAAUUCGUCUGCGCCAGGCCUCCUGGAUCACCCGCGGGGGCACUGAAGCAGAGCACCACCUCAGCAAGGUGGGCAUCGUGGUUCACAGCCAGGCAGCCAAGCAGAGGCUGGCCUCCAGGCUUCCUCCGACCUGCGUGGGUCUGCGCCUGGGUCGAGCAGCGCCGGGCAAGCUGUAUGAGCUGUACAACACCCGGGCAGGGAGGGGAUGUCUGGCAGCACUGGGUUUCUCUAUGAUGGAAAUGGGUCUGGUGAGAGUGGAGACGCAGCACCACAACCAUGGAGGGAAGGUCCAGGAGUUGUUCUUAGGGGACAUCCACACAGACUGGACCCAAAGAACCCAGUACAGACCUACUGGGUACCAGCAGCCACUGCAGAACGCUAUGCAUCACAUCCAUCCCUGCCCUGUGUGUGCGCUGGUGUACCGCUCCUCAGAACAGCGCCCCCCAGUGUUGCCUCGCAGUCCCACAGCUCAUCUGUCCCUGGCCGGCCGCUGGGUCAGCCAGCGCUGCGAAACCCGUCCCACUGUCCUCUUCCUCACCCGAGACUUCACCUUUGCUCCUGAUCAACAUGCUUGGGAGGGGAUCUACCGGCACUACUCUGACCCUGCGUGCUCUCAGCCCACUUUCUCCCUGAGGGCCUCGGGCCACUACGCUCAGGGAAACCCAUCCGUCAAACUGUCUGGUGCCUCUGAGUUUGUCUUCAAGGUAACCCAGGUGAGGGUCACAGCAAUGGACGAGCCCACAGCCAAGUUGCUGAACAGCACAAGGCGAGGAAAGUGUGGCCGAGCAGGAGGCUGGGAGGUCGGAGUGGAGCAGGACUUGACCCCCACUGAUGGGUGCACCGUCUUAGGCAUCAAGCUGCCACAUAAGGAGUAUGAACUCUUCAAGACAGAGUUGGAUCACCGGAAACACCCACUGCUGUUUGUCGGCGAGAGGCCAACUGAUGGAUCCAGUCCUGACCGACCGCUGAAGCGGCCCACUUCCUUUCAGGCUCCCAUGGUGCUUUGCAGUGGAGGUGACACACAGCCGUCCCGCUCAGGUUUUAAUAGCAGACAAGUACAGUCAGCAGCCAGUGGGACAGUGAGGCUGGCACAGCUGGUGCUUCUGGUGUUUGGAUCUACGCUCUGCAGCUGGAUCUGUGUUUAUUAGAGACAUUGUUCACAAAUCAAACCUGUUACACAGCUGAAAUCGGUGAUGGACAUUGUUUCCUGGCAGCUGUCUUUCACUCUCCUUCCAAAUGGCCAUGACCACAUGUGAGAUGGUCAAAAAAAUGAUGAGACAUUCAGGAGAGCUGAAUAACUUUUUAUGUCUGGCUGUCAGAUGCUGCCAGUAGGGUCACUUUAAUGACUCACUUCAGCUUGUUUUAUACCUAAAACUAAUCUGUAUAUAUAUAUGUAAAAGAAGAUAAAACGGCAUAUACAAGUGCCAUCAUUUCAAUAUGUAGAAAUAUAUUCGUUUAAACCAUUUGUAUACUGAUCAAACACAUGUUCUCACCACACAGAUACAUCGCUUUAUCGCAUUACUGCAUGAGUGCUGUUUUCCCAAAAAAAAUAAGAAAUGUGUUGAAAUGUGGAGCAGUUAUUUCAACGUUAAAAUCUAAGCCAUGGACAUUUCAGUGACCUUUUCAGCAAGAUGCAGUGUAACUAAUGCACUUUGUACAGAACAAUUUUUAAUCAUCAUACUGGAGAGAAAAUAAGCCAGAAAGUAUAAACGUGUAAACAGCUGCAUUUAUUAUUGGUCUAAUGCCACUGUGUUGUGAAAUGCUGUUUUUAUCUCUAUGCUCUUUUCAGCUUGUGCAUUAGUCUGCUUUUCUGUCAGCAGUCAACCUAAACAAAUCAAAUAAUAUUUAUUUUAACCAUUUAUACUGUACUUUUUCAUAAAAAGAAGAUAUUUGUCUAGUUAGUUUUGUCACUUAAGAUUUUCUAUGUCUAUUAAAAAUGGCUUUUCAUAACA